AUGAAUGAAGACUUUCUACUGAUCGUGCUCAAGGACCUACUUCCUCGACGUCGCGAAUUACGAUUGAUUUUAAUGAGUGCCACUUUGAACGCUGAACUCUUAUCGGCUUACUAUGGAGGAGCACCUACAAUUCAUAUACCGGGCUUUACCCAUCCAGUCAGGGCACACUUCUUAGAAGAUGUGCUGGACAUUACAGGAUAUAAGCUGACUUCCUUUAAUCAAAUUGAUGAUUAUGGACAAGAUAAAUUGUGGAAAACUCAGAAGCAGCUGACUCCAAGGAAAAGGAAGAAUCAGAUCACUACACUUGUUGAGGAUGCUCUUAAUAAAACAAGUUUUGAGACUUAUAGCUCCAGGGUCCGUGAUUCUUUGUCAAACUGGAUGCCUGAUUGCAUAGGCUUUAAUCUUAUUGAGGCCGCUCUUUGCCAUAUAUGUCGGAAGGAGCGGCCAGGGGCUGUACUAGUAUUCAUGACUGGGUGGGAGGACAUUACCUCUUUGAAGGAUCAGCUUAAAUCUCAUCCACUUUUAGGUGAUCCCAACAGGAUUCUGCUCCUUACUUGCCAUGGUUCUAUGGCAACAUCUGAACAGAAACUCAUAUUUGAGAGGCCGCCACCUAAUAUUCGUAAAAUUGUACUAGCUACAAACAUGGCUGAGGCAAGUAUUACCAUUAAUGACGUAGUUUUUGUGGUUGAUUGCGGAAAAGCAAAAGAAACCACCUAUGAUGCCUUGAACAAUACACCUUGUUUGCUGCCUUCGUGGAUAUCACAAGCAUCUGCCCGACAAAGAAGGGGCAGGGCUGGCCGCGUCCAGCCAGGUGAAUGUUACCACCUAUACCCUAAAUGUGUUUACGAGGCUUUUGCUGAAUAUCAACUCCCCGAGCUUCUUCGGACUCCAUUGAACUCUCUGUGUUUGCAAAUAAAAAGUUUGCAAGUUGAAAGUAUAGCAGAAUUCUUAUCAGCUGCACUCCAGCCACCAGAAUCGUUGGCUGUGUUCAAUGCCAUUGGCUUUCUGAAAAUGAUUGGGGCACUCGACGAAAAAGAAAACUUGACAAAUCUUGGAAAAUUUUUAUCGAUCCUUCCAGUAGAUCCUAAGCUGGGGAAAAUGCUUAUAAUGGGUGCAAUCUUCCGCUGCUUUGACCCAGUACUAACUAUUGUAUCUGGACUUAGCGUGAGGGAUCCAUUCCUCUUGCCUCAAGACAAAAAGGAAUUAGCAGGGACAGCAAAGUCUAGAUUCUCAGCGAAAGACUACAGCGAUCACAUGGCUCUUGUCCGUGCUUAUGAGGGGUGGAAAGAUGCUGAAAGAGAAGGAUCAGCAUAUGAAUAUUGCUGGAGAAACUUUCUGUCUGCACAAACCAUGCAAGCCAUUCAUUCCCUGCGUAAGCAGUUCAGCUUCAUCCUGAAGGAUGCUGGUCUCACAGAUGGAGACAUGAGUUCUAAUAACAAAUUAAGUCACAGUCAGUCAUUGGUUCGAGCAAUAAUAUGUGCUGGCUUGUAUCCUGGCAUAGCCUCAGUUGUGCACAGAGAAACAACAAUGUCUUUUAAGACAAUGGAUGAUGGCCAAGUCCUACUAUAUGCGAAUUCUGUCAAUGCUCGCUACCAGACUAUUCCUUAUCCAUGGCUUGUCUUUAGCGAAAAAGUAAAAGUCAAUGCCGUUUUCAUACGUGAUUCAACUGGUGUCUCAGAUUCUAUGUUGAUCCUUUUCGGUGGCACUCUUCAUCGUGGGGUACAGGGAGGACACCUGAAAAUGUUGGAUGGCUACAUCGAUCUGUUCAUGGAUCCUAGUUUGGCAGACUGCUAUCUGAAUCUCAAGGAAGAACUGGAUAAGGUUAUUCAAAAGAAGCUUGAAGAUCCAAACAUUGACCUUUACAAAGAAGGCAAGUAUCUUAUGCUUGCUGUCCAAGAAAUCGUAUCAGGAGAUCAAUGCGAAGGGAGAUUUGUAUUCGGUCGAGAAAGCAAACGACCAAAAGAAUCAAGCGAUGACAGCAGAUUCACAAAAGACGGCUCGAACCCAAAGAGCUUGCUACAAACUCUCCUGAUGAGAGCUGGGCAUUCCCCUCCCAAAUACAAGACGAAGCAUCUGAAGACGAAUGAGUUCAGAGCACUGGUGGAGUUCAAAGGAAUGCAAUUUGUAGGGAAACCAAGGAGAAACAAGCAGCUAGCAGAGAGGGAUGCAGCCAUUGAGGCACUUGCCUGGUUGACUCACACAUCCACUGAUACCAACCAAAAUGAGGAAGACGGGGAUGAUAACAGCUCCCGACCUGAUGUCACCGACAACAUGCUCAAACUACUCGGGAAACGCAGAAGAUCAAAGCGUCGACCUGGUUGA